AUGACUACGAUCCCGCGCUUGGAAUUUCACCAAGACAAAAUUUUGGCAGAUAUCAAAAUGGUCUGUGCAGACUUUAUCACGAAAAUCGGAUACUCGCCACUGUCUUCGAUUGGAGAAGAUAACGUAACAUACAACACAAUUUUAUCCGAAUUUGCAUCGUUCAACAUGGAAGAAAAGUUGUUUCGCAAAAUAUGCCUUGAAGCAUCCACAAUAGCAGAGCUUUGCUACAGUGGCACAUCAGCAGAGGUUAGAGUAUUUAUUGCUCGAUAUUCAUGGUAUUUUCUGUACAUUGACGACUAUUGUCAAAGACAUACGGAUCGCCUGGCUACAUUUCAGCAGGGAGUCUUUAGCUAUAUGAUUGCCGAGGACAAGGUUCUGAACGACCUGCGUCGUUGCUUAGCAGACGCCUAUCGUUUAUGGGACGAUAUACCCGCAAACGGAAUUACAGUUUCAGGGCUAGAAUCUGUGAAUGGGUGCUUGAUCGAGAAAUUGCUCUGUGGCAUGCCCAUUUCCCCAGACGCAGGCCGUUGGCCAGACUUUCUUCGCCUCAAAACGGGGGCGGGGCACGCGUAUGCAUAUAUGAUAUUCCCCAAAGAGCUCGGAGUCGAAGUUGCAACGUAUAUUCAGGCCGUGGACGACAUAGCCCUCUUCAUUUGUUUAACCAACGAUAUUCUCUCGUUUUAUAAAGAAGAACUUGCAGGAGAGACAGCCAAUUAUAUACAUCUUCGAGCAACUGUCACCCACAAAUGUCCUCUGGACGCUUUGAAAGACACAGUCAAAGACACUUUGGACGCUCACGAGAGGAUACUCAAAGUACUCGCAAACACACCGGCCUACGAACCGUUCAAAGAAUUUGUCAACGGGUCCAUGGGACUCCACCAUGUCCUGAGCCGCUAUCGUUUAGCCGACCUCAGACUUUAA